ACUAGUAACAGGUAACUAACAAGUCCUUCACGUCAGAAUCCGCUGUGACUCGCCGCCCCGCCUACAACGGAAAUACGUCAUCACUUCCAUUGCGACGUGGCUUUUCCCGGUUCCUGUUUCUGAUCGCCUCUUCUUGGGUGAUACCUGGACGGGGAAGCCCGAUAUCGCAGCCACCAGAGCGCCCUGACAGCUUUAAAAAGCAGCGGCCCGGCGGACAACAUGGAGAUGUACGGUAACUCCCAAAAGAAACGGAAACUAAACAACGUAACGGAGAACUGGGACAUCGUGCCCGUUGACGCCAGCUAUGAGGUGAAAGAGUUGUACGUCCAGGAGAACAACCUGGACCUGGCCAAAGCUGACGCACAGAUGCUGCCCGCUCUUCAGAUUGGGAAGGUGGACAUGCAGUGGGUACAGGUUCUAGCUGAAGGCUGGGCCACUCCACUCAGUGGCUUCAUGAGGGAGCGGGAGUAUCUUCAAUGUCUCCACUUUGACUGCCUUCUAGACGGUGGUGUCAUCAAGCUGUCAGUGCCAGUAGUGUUGCCGCUGGCUUCAGAGGAUAGAGAGCGCUUGAACGGCGUAACAGCCGUGGCGCUGGUCUACGAGGGCAAGCGGGUAGCCAUCCUUCGCAACCCAGAGUUCUAUGAGCACCGCAAGGAGGAGCGCUGCGCUCGCCAGUGGGGCACCACCUGCAAGAACCAUCCUUACAUUAAGAUGGGGAUGGAAAGCGGCGACUGGCUAGUCGGCGGACACCUGGAGGGGCUGGACCGGAUCUACUGGAACGACGGGCUGGACCAGUACCGACUGACGCCCAGCGAGCUCAAGCAGAAGUUUAAAGAAAAGAACGCAGGGCUCGGAUGGUGGCCGGCGCCAACUUCUACAUUGUGGGCCGGCAUGCCCCACCCCGACACAGGAAAGGACCUGUACGAGCCCACCCACGGUGCCAAGGUCCUCACCAUGGCUCCCGGCCUAAUCACUUUGGAGAUUCUGCCUUUCAAAGUCGCCGCUUACAACAAGCUCAAAAAAGCCAUGGACUUCUACGAGCCCAAAAACCAUCAAGAUUACGACUUCAUCUCUGGCACACGCAUGCGCAAGUUGGCCCGCGAGGGGGGCAACCCGCCCGACGGUUUCAUGGCUCCAAAGGCGUGGGCCGUGUUAAAGGACUACUACAAGUCUCUGGAGAAGGCCUAAAGGUUCCAGUCAGGACAACGGAGCUGAAAGCCGAGGACACUGGGGUCUAUUGAUCUUUAAACAGGUGGAAGUUGUCACACAUACUGUACUGUAAAGUGUCACACAUACUGUACUGUAAAGUGUCACACAUACUGUACUGUAAAGUGUCACACAUACUGUACUGUAAAGUGUCACACAUACUGUACUGUAAAGUGUCACACAUACUGUACUGUAAAGUGUCACACAUACUGUACUGUAAAGUGUCACACAUACUGUAUGUACUUCAUUUGACCUUAGGAUAGAGGUACUGAAGACUUGGUAGGGUUGAGGUCAGGGAAAUGCUCAGUCAUUCACAAACCAUUAAUGGGGCGAGGGUCACCACUUUGUCAACAAAUGCCUGAGCAAGUUGUUGAACAGUUUAAGAAAACCCUUUAUCAACCAGCUAUUGCAAGGAAUUUAGGGAUUUUACCAUCUACGCUCCGUAAUAUCAUCAAAGGGUUCAGAGAAUGUGGAGAAAUCACUGCAGGUAAGCAGCUAAGCCCGUGACCUUCCAUCCCUCAGGCUGUACUGCAUCAACAAGCCACAUCAGUGUGUAAAGGAUAUCACCACAUGGGCUCAGGAACACUUCAGAAACCCACUGUCAGUAACGGCAGUUGGUCGCUACAUCUGUAAGUGCAAGUUAAAACUCUCCCAUGCAAGGCGAAAACCGUUUAUCAACAACACCCAGAAACGCCGUCGGCUUCGCCGGGCCCGAGCUCAUCUAAGAUGGACUGAUACAAAGUGGAAAAGUGUUCUGUGGUCUUGACGAGUCCAGAAAAAUGUGUCUCCUCAGUUCCCAAACGUUUACUGAGUGUUGUUAAAAGGAAAGGCCAUGUAACACAGUGGUGAACAUGCCCCUUCCCAACUACAUGGAAACGGGGUUUUUAGGUAAGUGGCACUUGCACAUGUAUGUUUAAGAAGCUCCUUUAGGUUCUGACAUCCUCCUACACCGGGGGUCAGUAACUAGCGGCUCUUUAGCGCCGCCCUAGUGCAGACCUGGGCAAAUUAAGGCCCCGGGGCCACAUGCGGCCCGUUAAGUACUUCAAUCUGGACCGCCAGACAUUCCCAAAUACUUUUUUUUAGAUCUUCAAGAUGUAAAGUGUAGCUGCCAUUAUGAUGUGCAGUCAUGUUUUUAAAUGACCGGAAGUCUUCAACUAUACUAAGUCUUUCAAUGCUUGGAAUCUGCACUUUUGCAUGAUAUACUAGUUACUAUGGUAAUCUAGUUAGUUACUAUGGUAAUCUAAGUCACGGCAGCUCCGACGAGUGGGGGUGGGGAGCGUUUCCACAGUGUCAGCCUGAAAUGUGGGUGUCAGGGACAGACGUGGAAGGAGAUUUUCACAACAAAGUUCUAAAGCUUAGUGAUAUAUCAGAUUGUAUAUUGUAUUUUUACACUUUGCGUUCAUAUUUCGCUGUUUGUCGCGUUUUUGCUUGAUUGUAAAAUAUGUCGAUCGAGACGGGGUGUGACGUUCAUAUGUUGUCAAUAUUCAGUGUUUUAUCCUUCAUAGAAAAAAUGUAAAAUUCCAUUCCGUUUUUUUAAGGCGGUCUGUCAAAACGUUUUUAGCAUUCAAUCAAACUUUAUUGUGAGGUUUUGUAUUAGUGUUCCUAAAAAUAGAAAUACCGGCCCCCAGACACAUAUCUUUCUCUAAUUUUGGCCCCCCCAGUCAAAAUAGUGGCUCCCUGGACCGCUUUCAGAGAUGUGUGAAAAUGGAAAAAGAUGAAGAAAAAAAUACAUAUUUUUGUUGUAGGAGAACAAACAUGACACAAACCUUCUAAUUGUCAGAAAUCCCACUGUUUAUGUUAUACAUGCUCCACUAUUUGGCAAGCAGUUUUGUCCUACUAAUUUCAGCGGGACGACGUGUUUCAUGCCACUCUUUCUUUGUCUCAUUUCGUUCACCAAACAUUUUUUACUGUGCGUGAAUGCACAGCAGGUGAGCUUUGUUGAUUUUGACUGAUUUGCUGGAGUGCUUCUCAGGCAUAUUUGGUCACUGCAUGACUGCAAGCUAAUCGAUGCUAACAUGCUAUUUAGGCUAGCUGUAUGUAGAUAUGUAACCGGUGGUUUCUCCCUCUGCGUUGUGUGGAAUUGAACGGAACACGACCGACAUUACGGGUUGCUGCUCAGCUCCACUUUACUGAUAAUACAGAGAAUACAAUAGUUGUACAAUAUAUGUCUGCCAUCGUCGAGCCCCUCUCCCGUUAUCGUGGACAAAAGGGAAGUAGGAAGGCGUGUCCGACGCAUAUAUAGAGACAGGUGUCACAACAAUAUCUGUCUAUUACCUGACACGCUCUAUGUUAGCAAACCUCUCUUUGUUUAUAAUGUCUAUUUUCUGCUGGAUCUACUCUCUAUUUUAUGUUACAUAUACUGUAAUAUUGAACAUGCUAAUUGUUAUAUAUUGUAUAUAUGAUAUAAUAUAUCAAUAUAUAUCAUAUACUGUACAUAUAUUAUGUAAAUAUUACAUGUUAUAUUUUACAUUGGUAUUACAGUACAUUUUUAGUCUAUUUUAUACCUGCAUUGUCCUUUCCAUCCUUACACUUUCCAUCCUUUGUAACUGAGCUACUGUGUGGAACAAUGUCCCUUGUGGAUCAUUAAAGUUUGUCAUUUGUAGGUAUAUAUGAGCUCAUUUAAUUUCCUUAAUGUAUUUUUAAUUUAUAUUUGCAUGUCCCAUGACACUUUUCUCAUAGUUGUGUGUGUGCCAUGUUGUUCCAGACCACAGCAAACAUUACCCAGUUUGCAAAGAUUGUAAUAAAUAUAUUAGGAGGAGACAGCCUGCAGUUUCCUUUAACUUGGACACACACGUCUACACCUUUGGCCAUUUUGAGCCGGUAGUUUCCAGAAGUUCUCAUCCUGGGAGAAGCCUCCAUUUUACUAAUGAUUUCCAAUGUUGCAAAAAUGUGUAGAAUAAAAAUUUAAAUACAACAUUUCUGUCAACGA